AUGGAAGAAGACCAAGCCGGGACAUCCGCAGAACAGGCUUCGACCGGAGAAUCCCUUCCGGAACCCGCUCUAAUGGCCUUGUUCGAGUGUCCGGUCUGUUAUGACUACAUGACACCCCCUACUUUCCAAUGUCCAGAGGGACAUACAAUCUGUUCUCGUUGUAAAACCCAAGUCAGACAAUGCCCAGUCUGCCGGGGAGAAUUAAGAAAUUUUCGAAAUUUAACCUUAGAGAAAUUAGCCGAAAUUAUCGCUUUGCCAUGUAUCUAUAAAGAAAACGGAUGCCCAGAAAAGAGACUUCUUAAAGACCGAAAGGUUCACGAAUUGCAUUGCUCUUUUCGAACGUGCUCUUGCCCUUCCUUGGACGAGGCCUGUGACUGGGAAGGAGUAUAUCAACAAAUAAUUCCGCAUCUGACCGAGAACCAUUCUUACAUCCAUUGUUUGAAUCAUGACUCAGUUCGGAUGUCUAUCAUAGGGAUAGACGUGGCCCUACCUCUCACGUGGAUAACGUGUCUCCACUGCUACCGGCGAGAUUUUAUCAUCCAAGUUAUUAAGAUGGAAACCAUCGAUGAAAACUCUCCCCUCCUUAUCAUUGUGCAAAACGUAGGGAACCGUAAAGAUUCGGGACGCUUCCGCGGGAGAAUCGAAGUUCGCGGAAGAGGCAAAGUGAUACAAUGGGAAUCUAUUCCCCGAAGCGUAACCGGCGAUUUAAAAUUUAUUAUACGAAUGAGAGAUUGCAUGACCUUGAGUAUAAGAAUGUUAGAGCGAAUGCUCGAAAAUCAUGUUUUAACGGUAGUCGUAACCAUCAUCCCCGUAAGAAACCGAGGGGCUGUUGAGGAGCCCGAACCGGAUACGGAGGACUAA